GCAGCUCAGGUCGUUGCUGCACUGAAUUAUCUGGAGUAUUUUAUGAAGUGGAGCGACUAUCCACUCAGCUCUGUUUCGUGCUUUUUGGUGUAGCUGUUGUUCCUGACUGUCACAAUGGCCUGGAGAACAAUCUCAUUCCUGAGCAAAAGUGGCUCUGUUGUCUAACAGCAUGAAAAGAAAAUGCGGCAUAGCAUUUGCAUGGUGUCCGACUUUUUCCACCCGAAUGCGGGCGGGGUGGAAAGUCAUAUCUACCAGCUAUCUCAGUGUCUUAUUGAACGAGGACACAAGGUCGUUGUGAUCACGCAUGCUUAUGGUGAACGUGUCGGUGUCCGUUAUCUCACCAACUUUUUAAAGGUGUAUUAUCUCCCGCUUGGAGUGUUCUAUGCUCAGAGCACGUUACCGACUCUCUUCACGUCUCUGCCGUUGAUCCGUGACAUCUGCAUUCGUGAGCAGAUCACCAUAGUCCAUGGACACUCGGCAUUCAGCACUCUGUGCCAGGAGGCUCUCAUACAUGGCCGCAACAUGGGACUCAAGGCCGUCUUCACUGACCAUUCGCUGUUCGGAUUUGCCGAUGCCAGCUCCAUCAUCACAAACAAGUUCUUGCAAUUCUGCCUGUGUGACGUGAAUCACACUGUGUGCGUGUCCUACACCAGCAAAGAGAACACCGUGUUACGGGCAUCUCUACACCCCAGCACCGUCUCAGUCAUCCCUAAUGCCGUGGAUGCCGGUAUGUUCACACCAGAUCCCAGCCAGCGCCAGCCUGGACGUAUCACAAUUGUCGUUGUUAGCCGACUGGUCUAUCGCAAGGGAAUGGACUUACUUGCUGGCAUCUUGCCGAUUAUCUGCAAUCGUCACGGCGAUGUGCACUUUCUCAUCGGUGGUGAUGGCCCGAAGCGUGUCAAUCUGGAAGAAAUCUGUGAGAAGCACCAGCUGCAUGCACGCAUGCAUCUCUUGGGAUCCAUUGCCCAUGCGGAUGUCCGGAAUGUUCUUGUCCAGGGCGAUAUCUUUCUGAACACAUCCCUGACUGAGGCAUUCUGCAUGGCCAUAGUGGAAGCUGCCAGCUGUGGUCUGAAAGUGGUGAGUACAGAUGUAGGUGGUAUACCGGAAGUCUUACCCACUGACAUGAUACAGCUAGCUGAACCCAGUGUGGAUGGCCUUGUAACCGAGUUAGAGGUAGCUAUCAGCAAUGUUCGCCAAGGCAAAGGCAUCUCGCCCGAACAGGCUCAUGCCCGUAUUGAACAAUACUACCAGUGGUCUGAGGUGGCGGAGAGAACAGAGAAGGUGUAUGACUUGGUCUCGGAGGACACACCGAUAUGCCUAGCUGAUCGACUGCACAAGUUCUACUCACUCGGACCUGUUGCUGGCAAAGUCUUUUCUUUGCUGUUGAUGCUGUGCUGUGUGUGGUUGAUGUUUGUUGAGUGGUGGAGACCUAGCCAGUUUAUUGACCAAGCACCUGAUCUAGGCGGCUGUAGGGAAUCCCUGCACCAGCAAUACCAUACCCCUGACACUGGCACCAGUAGCAAACACCAGCUAGAGAACAAGACCGCGCCAAACAGUGCUAGGAAGCGCAAUUAGCCAAUUAGCCUGGUUACAAUUGUACCUGUGACACUUGGCUAUUUUAAAAGAAUUGUCACAAUGAUUUGAAGAUGAUCCCAGAAUAGUUGAUUUACUUUUUAAAUUUUUUUUAGAUUCUCUGUUAUUUUCUAUUCUUCACCACUAACCGUAUUGAUAUUUAUUACUCUUCCUCCCUUCCCCAAUUUAGCUAAAGUAAUACAUGUACUUGACUUUUAGGAUAGUUGGCUUGAAAGUUCCUGAAUAUUACCAGUGAAUGUAGUGCAUGCGGGGUAUCACAAAAUUCAUUAUUAUUUUAGGCCAAGCAAAGCUUGAUUAUCGUCUCCAACCCAGAAAUUGGGCAAACCUGGUGUUAUUUUAUGAUUUUUAUUCGCAAGUGAAAUUCACUCCGUUUUAGCCUCGUUUACUUUUGAACGAUUUUUCGGUGAUAUACAUGGAUGUUGUCCACCUGUCCAACUGUUCAUGGAAAAUAAAACUUUUGUCAUGAUUCCAUGCCAUUUCA